AUGGCCAAUGAGGCCCUUAGAAUUGAAAAUCAGAAAAUUGUCGAUGAUUACCUGGCAACUCCAUUCUGGGAAGAUGAUGGACAUGUGGACCGUCUUUUCUCUUCAAAUUGCAUUUGGGAGUUUCCCUAUGCACCUCCAGGAAUGCCCCAAGCCUUUUCCCGGCCCCGGAGGCCAGUCUUUGCUCAAUGGCUAAGACGGACAAUGCGUGAAUGGACUCGGUCAGAUGUACAAUACUAUCCGACCUUGAGCCCUAGACGAUUUUGGGUCGAAUCAUCAACUAAAGCCAUGGUGACCUGGGGAGAUAACUUUGAGCGCGCCUUCGAAUGCCAGCACAUCGAGCUAAUCGAGGUCACAAACGGGAAGAUUUCAAACCUGAAGACUUGGAGUGACCCAACGGCCUACUACAAAGCCGCAGGCAUUAUCCUUCCCUCUUUUCAGUUCAAUAGGCCAUCUGUUACUCCCUCUGAGUAUGUGGAUACGCCCUUCCCAAAUCCCCCAACAAAAGAGCCAGAAUUAUCGGAGACAAAACAGAGACUGUUUAACUGGUAUCUUCGUCCCUCCUCAGAUAAUCCAUCGGAAAUGGCAGAGAAAGCCAAAACAAAUAUAUUAUUCGAUCCCAAUUUUCGGUUUGUGAUGCCUUUCAUGCCUACCGGCCUGACACAUGGAGGCGAUCGCAAUCUAGAAGCCACGAUGAUCAAGUGGGUGGAUGAUACAAUAGUUGAAUGGCACCAGGUAAUUCUUUUCUAUGCUGAGCAAUGA